AUGCAUUUCAAGACCGUUACCGCGUCGCUCCUCGUUGCCGGAGCGGUCGCUACUCCUUUCCGCCGCCAAACCUCGAACGAGACCUUCUGCGAUGAAGGCCUUCCUGUCCCCGCGCCUAGCACUACCAAGCUUCACUUUCCCCCCUAUCCUGUGAACACCACCGUACCUGGUGUCCCCUCGAACCCCGGUGGCUCAUACCCAGGCUCUGCUUCGAAGCCCGGAAACGGUGGCUCAUACCCAGGCUCUGGCUCUGGCUCCAAGCCGGGUCAUGGCUCUGAAUCUGUACCUGGUCCCAACACCGAAUCUGACUCUCACGGCUCUUCUACCGACCCGAACUUCGGCUCUCGGCCUGGCUCCGGUUCCAACUCAGGCUCUAAGCCUAGCAAGGACAGCUCAGGAUCUGAUGCCAGUGCUCCGUUGCCUUCUAACCCCGCCCAGCCCCCUUCAGCUGGUGGCAAUGUGCCCUCGUACCCAGGCAAGCCGGCUGCGGGCUCUUCCUACGUCCCCUUUCCUCUGAAUACCACCGUUCCCACAACUGCUCCUGCUCCUUCUUUCACCACCAUCCCCGGAGUCGCUCUUCCCACCGGACCCAUCGCCAUUCCCAGCACCACCGUGCCCGUCAGCAGCAAUAACACCGCCACAACCGUUAGCUCUAGCUCCGCAGCCUCCAGUGCCACUGCACCGGCUACCAUCAUCCCUUACGGAGUUGCCAUCUCUAGUUGUACUAUUCCUGGCGACUUCGCCCUUACCUUUGACGACGGGCCUUUCACUUACACUGGUCACGUGCUUGACCUCCUCGCCGAGGCUGGUGCCAAGGCUACUUUCUUCCUCAACGGCAAAAACUUUGGCGACAUCAACGACUUCCAAGAUGUCGUCAAGCGUAUGGAUGCCGAUGGCCACCAGAUCGGCUCUCACACCUUCAGCCACGCUGAUCUCGCCACCCUGGGCGAUGCCGAUAUUAUCCCUGAAAUGACUUCCCUCGAGGAUACUCUGAUUAACAUCGUCGGAAAGUACCCUACGUACAUGCGCCCUCCUUACUUCAGCUGGAACGACAACACUUUGUCCAUCCUCAAGGCUCUGGAGUACCACGUCAUUCAUGCCGAUAUUGACUCACUCGACUACGCCAACAACUCCCCUCUUGGCAACCUGACCAGUGUCGGUAUCUUCGAGAAGGGUGUCGACGCCGGUGGGUCCAUCGCUCUGGCCCACGAUGUUCACCAAAACACCGCCGAGUACCUCGUACCCGAGUUCCUGCGCAUCAUUAAGGAGAAGAACCUGAGAGCUGUCACCGUCGGUGAGUGCCUCGGCGACCCUAAGGCCAAUUGGUACAAGACCAAGCGCACUUCAACUCCCACUGCCACCGCUUCCAAGAUCACUGUCUCCAUCACUAGCACCGCUACUCCUACCGGCGUGAUCGGCCCUGGUGGUGCCUGUGGUGGCUCCGAGGGUUAUGUCUGCGAGGCUGGUGCUUGCUGCAGUGAGUACGGAUACUGCGGCUACUCCCAGGCCUACUGCGCCGCCGGCUGCCAGCCCCUUUUCGGUGUCUGCGGUGUUGCUGGCCCCGUUGCCUCCGGCGGCAGUGCUACUACUUCCAGCGCUCCCGCUGCCACUCCGACCGGCGGUGUGAGCACCGACGGUUCUUGCGGUGGCGCCAACGGCUUCACCUGUCCUGGCACCACUUGCUGCAGCGAGUAUGGUUACUGCGGCGACACAACCGCCCAUUGUGGUACUGGAUGCCAGCCGCUUUUCGGUACCUGUGCCUGA